CACACACACACACACAGGCAGACAGACCGACCUCUAUUCCUCCUCUCUCGGACGGGUUUGGGCACGAAGCGAGGCGGUGAUCUCGGCUCUUUCCGGGACGGUUUUCACUUUUUCGGAAACAAACUUUGCAGAAACUUUCCUAAAUGUAACGACGCGCGCGCGUGUGUGUGAGUGUGAGUGUGUGUGUGUGCGCGCGCGCUCUGCUCCGGUCGCGGCUCGUGGAGCUCGUGGGGCUCAGACUCGCUCAGGUGUUCACACACACGGCGGGGAACUCCGGGUCCGGGUUUUCUGCUCACUUCAUUCAGCUGAAAAGUUCCUGCAGGCUGCUCCACCAGCUCCACCAGCUCCACCAGCUCCACCUCCGCCUGCUUUCACCGUUUAUUGGAAACUAAACGAGAUAUCAAGUGAUCAGCUGUGAGCAGGUGCCACGAUGGAUGAGGCGGACAAGUACAAACAGAGACUGGAGGCCAUCGCUGAGAAGCGCCGGCUGCAGGAGGAGCAGGACAGAGCCCGGAGAGAGAUGGAGGAUGAGAAGCUCAGACUACAACAGCUGAAGAGGAAGUCUCUGAGGGACCAGUGGUUGAUGGAAGGACCUCCUUUAUCCCCGACCUCCUUGGACUCCCACAGCCCUCGCUCCCCUCUGUGGGGCUCCCCAAUGGCCCAGGAGAUUGAAAAGCACACUGACAAGUUGCAGUCAGAGAGUCAGCGGCUGGCAGAGGAAGAGAAGCUGAAGGAACAGAUGGAGGACGGGCAAACGGAAGCGGUGAAUGUGGCGGAGGCCGAAGCCGAAAAACUUUGUGAUGUUCUGCAGAACGGAGGAAAGAAUGCAGCUGGACUGGAAAUGAUCGAAGAUGAAGCGAGCACGGAGCAAAGCCCUGCAGAUGAACCUGCAGCCGUCCUAACAAACGGCAGAGGAGACCUGGAAGCCGACAUUAGUCCCGACGCUCCAGGGUGGAAUAAUCAGUCCACCGCCAACGGACCACUCAUGGCCUCCAAGGGUGAUAUUACCGAGGAGCUGGCACCGGCAUCGAGUCUGGGUGUUUCUGAGGCAGAGCCUGGUCCGGUUCCAAAUGUCAGCAUUAAUGAGGAGGAGGAGGAGGAGGAGGAAGGGACUCUGGUGAUGAGAGCGGAGCGCGUGAUCAUCACGGAUGAAGGGGAUGAUGUACCUGAGGAACUCACGGCCCAGGAAGACCAACAAGAGACCAAGCAGCCAGGAGCAGACCAAGAGGGAGGAGAGGCUGUGGAAGAGGUCAUAAAACCAGAAGAAGCUCCAGAAACUUUGACACAACCAGAGAAGAGCGAGGGAGCUGAACCCACCGCAGAUGGAGACGUGCAUGAUGGUGCAAAGACAGACGAACAAGUAGAUGGGGAACAAGUAGAUGGGGACCAAUCAGAAGAGCCAACAUCUGUCCAGGUGCAGUCCUCUGCCAAUGCUCUAGAGGGCACUAUAGUGGCUUCAGUGCCAGUCUACUCUGAGUCCGCUCUCACACCAGAGCUGGAGGCCGAGGGUGCAGCUGCAGCAUCACCCGAGGCAGCUGAGGCAGCAGGAAAAGCCCAAGACGGCAUCACCGUGCCCGGCCAGUUCCAGGAGGUCCCCUUGGCCGACCCCCAGGAGAACCAGAAGACGGAGGCGGGCCCGGCGGAGCAGGAACCCCUCCUGUCGCAGGCCAAAACCUUUAACCACCCUUUAACCUACGCAGAGCCGAGACCAGCAGCUGUCAGCUCAGAGACAGUGACCCCGACCAGGGCCAGCCCGGGAGAGGACAGGGAGGCGCCCAGCCACAAAACCUGCCAGUGCUGCUCCGUCAUGUAAACACGCUCGCUGUACAUUCAUUUCCCAACACUCCUCCAUCGGUGUCCACAAACUCCCCUCUGCUCCCCCCUCUGCCCUCGGAUCUUUGUCUUCAUCUUGAGACUUCCUCAUCCUGCUUUUGAGCUCAGGAGGUUUGGACCAGACUCGUCAGUGUUGAAGUGCCUCGAGGGGGUUUUCUGUCCCGGGCCACUUUAAAAGUUCUUCACUUCACCUUUUUUUUACACUGUUUGAGUUUGAGUUUUCCGGUUAGCUGAAGCUGAGAUGAUGAGCCAGCCAAUCUAUCUACUGUAUAUAGGAUCAUACAAACACAUUUAGAGAUGCAGUUAUGCAACAAGAAUGAAAGAAAACCGACUAAAGAUGUUUUAUUUUAAACUGUGUAUGCACACGUAGAAUUCAUUGGGUCAUUUUCAUAAUCUUUAACAGGAAAAGUCCAAAGAUCCGGAGAGGUUCAGAGAGGAAGGUGUUGUAAUUUAAAGCUGAAUUCUUUUUAUUGAUUUUUGGUUCUUUUAUUAGAGAUAUUUUUAAUCCAAGUAUAGAGCCCGGACAUUUUUAUUCACUCUGUAACAGGCUUGGACAACUCACAAACUAACGGCAUGAAAUGGUCUUAAUUUAUGAACAGCAGUGUGCACCGCUGGAUAUUUCCUGAGCUGUUGUCAGUCAGCGAAUAUUUUGAAAUACCUAAAAGUAUGAAUUUUGUAUUUUUGAGCAGACGAGCUGUCGCAGAGCUCCAGAGCUCGUGACACGCUCUGUGCACGGAUGUAAAUACUGAGUGUCUGAGAUGUCAGCUUUGAAAUGAUUUGUGAAUGAUUUAAUGAUUAAACUGACAUUUGUGAUAAAA